AUGAACUUGAGGGUUGCCAGUACGAUGGGUCUCCUUUCGCUGCUACGCAAACUGCGUCCCAACCCAGAGAAGGAGGCUCGCAUCCUGCUCCUCGGACUGGACAAUGCCGGCAAGACGACAAUCCUGAAGCAACUGGCUUCGGAGGACAUUACCACGGUUUGUAUGAAAAAAACUGCGAACUGGCUCCGUUCGCCUUUGUCCCAUAAAAUAAGGAGUGAACCCCCGCAGGUAACGCCCACGGCAGGAUUUAACAUCAAGUCCGUGGCAGCCGAUGGAUUCAAGCUGAAUGUUUGGGACAUUGGGGGACAGUGGAAGAUUCGGCCCUAUUGGAAGAACUACUUUGCCAAUACGGAUGUUCUGAUCUAUGUAAUUGAUUGUACGGACCGGGCUCGACUUCCGGAGGCGGGCAGCGAACUAUUUGAGAUGUUAAUGGACAACCGACUGAAGCAGGUCCCUGUGCUUAUUUUCGCAAACAAGCAGGACAUGCCCGAUGCCAUGAGUGCCUCCGAGGUGGCCGAAAAAAUGGGUCUGGUUCAGCUGCAAGGACGCACUUGGGAGAUCAAAGCCUGCACUGCCACGGAUGGCACCGGUCUCAAGGAGGGCAUGGACUGGGUCUGCAAAAACAUGAAGAAGUAAUCUUAAUCCUCGCCUGUUGCAUUGUAUUUUGUAGCUCCUAAGUAUCUAAGAUCAAAAUCAUAAAUAUACGUAACUUUAAUUCUUAUAAGAUGGUCUCACCAAUAAAUUAAUUUGAUUGAGAA